AGAAUGAAUAACCUGUGACCCAGGGACAGGAGGGGUAGCAGCACUGACACAGAAAACGUUAGCAUUGAAGGAGUAUUUCUCCUCUGCUACUUCAAAAAUGAAAAUUGAUAUUCAUAGCCACAUUCUACCUAAGGAAUGGCCUGACCUAAAAAAGAGAUAUGGAUACGGUGGAUGGGUGCAGCUGGAUCAUCACUGCAAGGGACAGGCAAAGAUGAUGAAGGAUGGAAAGGUUUUUAGAGUUAUUCAAGAGAACUGCUGGGAUCCAGAAGUACGGAUUAAAGAGAUGGACCAGUCAGGAGUCACCGUCCAAGUGCUGUCCACAGUCCCUGUAAUGUUCAGCUACUGGGCCAAACCUCAGGAUACUUUGGAUCUCGCCCAGAUAUUAAAUAAUGACUUAGCUGCUACAGUAAAAAAGUACCCCAAGAGGUUUGUGGGGCUGGGCACGUUACCUCUGCAAGCUCCAGACCUGGCUGUGAAGGAAAUGCAUCGCUGUGUGAAGGAACUUGGAUUUCCUGGAGUGCAGAUAGGAUCUCAUGUCAACGAGUGGGACCUGAAUGCCCCAGAGCUGUACAAUAUUUAUGCUGCUGCUGAAAAAUUAAAUUGCUGUCUCUUUGUGCAUCCCUGGGACAUGCAGAUAGAUGGGAGGAUGGCCAAAUAUUGGUUUCCCUGGCUAAUAGGCAUGCCAACAGAAACAACCAUGGCCAUUUGCUCCAUGAUUAUGGGAGGAAUUUUUGAAAAAUUCCCUAAGCUGAAAGUCUGCUUUGCACAUGGAGGUGGAGCUUUUCCAUACACAGUGGGGCGAAUCUCCCAUGGGUUCAAUGUGCGCCCUGAUUUGUGUGCCAUGGAUAAUAAGGUGGAUCCAAGAAAAUACCUUGGCUCAUUUUACACAGACUCUCUUGUCCACGAUCGUGGAGCACUAAGGCUGCUAACAAGUGUAAUAGGAGAGGACAAAGUUAUUUUGGGGACAGAUUACCCUUUUCCACUUGGGGAACUGGAACCUGGAAAAUUAAUUGAUUCCAUGGACGAUUUUAACCAUAAACAGAAGGAUAAACUCAAGGCUGGAAAUGCUCUGGAAUUUCUGGGUCUUAGCAGAAAACAAUUUGAAUAAUUUUGGAGUACUAAAGAGGCUCAACUUCAGAAAUAUUGCUGAAUCCUUAGGGUUACUUCUGUUGGCACCUGCAAUUGUACACAUGAAAAAUAAAAUUCACAAGUAUCUGGMAGUCUCCUGUUAUUUCCAAAACAAAAACAAGGGUACUGGAAAUAAAUAUGCACAGGUAUUGCCCGUGGAUCUUGGCUGGCUUUAAACAAUUCUGAAAUCUCUGAUUUAAUAAUAAAGCAGUGAUUUCCUCUUCUGCAGUUGCAAUAAGAAUCUGUGAAGUAUAAUCAAUGCCAUGCUAUUAUGACUUGUUUCUCAGGAAGAAAGGAGC